AUGUCAUUCGCCCCGCCUCCUGGGCCUCCGCCUCCAUCUGUGCCGGAAGGAUGGAAGGCUCAAUUUGAGCCCCGGUAUGAGCAAUGGUUUUUUGUAAACCUGCGCACUGGCAAAUCCCAAUGGGAACGUCCCGAGACCAGUCCCUCAGAAGAAGAAAAGUUGCACGGGGCCCCGAGUGAGCCGCCGCCGUCUUACGAUGACUCGGCACCGGGCGGAGACCCCUCUGCAACGGUUCCUAAGGUGGAUGAGAAGAAGUCGCUGGGAUCUAAUAACCCGUACAACCAGACGGGGCCGGGAAACAGCACUCUGGAUAGCGACGCUCGCCUAGCCGCUCGACUACAGGCCGAAGAGGAGGCGCAGGCCAGGGCCAACAGCCCCGGUAACCAAGACCCCGGCGCCGCGGCGGACUACUACGCGGAAGCUUCGCGGCCACUGUCAUCAAGCCACCGGGGCUCUGCGGCGUCAACGCCCGUGCAGAACACUGCACCGGAACAGAAGUCGCGCAGCAGAGGGUUCCUGAGUAAGUUGAUGGGGAAGACCUCCGGUGGUGCGGGUGGCAGUGGCGCCGGGUUUGGAAGACCCCCUCCAUCCAUGCCCUACCAGCAGCAGCAGCAGCAGCCGGUAUAUGGCUAUCCCCAAGGAGGAUACCAUGGUGGCUACUCGCCCCAGCCCGUCGGAUAUGGAUACCCAGGGUAUCCGCCGCAGGGAGGCUAUUAUCCCCCUGCGAUGCAACAGCAACCGCCGCGCCGAUCGGGAAUGGGGAUGGGAACUGCGGGUGCUGCGGCAUUGGGUGUGGGUGGAGGGUUGAUUGGCGGUGCUUUACUAGCAGAUGCAAUCGAGGAUCAUCACGAUUAUGACGAUUAUGGCGGUGGCGAUGACUAUGGCGGCGGUGAUGACUUUGGAGGCGGCGACUUCUAA